AAAUAAAUAACCCCAACCCCCCCUCCCUGUCAAACAGCAGCAAGGUUGUCAAUGGACAAUGUCAAUGUUUUAUCUCUGGGGGAGGAAAAGCCCCUCCUGGAAGCAGUAACCUGCACCCAUCCACAUUGCAUCUCAGCAGCAUUUGGUCUUCAAGAGCUGCUGGGCUCCCAGUGCCCCAGGAGCCACCAACCUCCCCUGGCAAGGAUGACAGAAAGGGAAGCAGGGACAGGCACUUGCUUUGGGCUGGCAGCAAAGAGAAUUCGCAAAAUAUUCAGGCAUUUCCCCAAGUCCAAGUCUUGGUCUGAGGGAUUCCAGCUGCUGAGGAGGCCGAGCAGGGAGGUCCUGCUGGUUGGAGACUGCAGGUACACGUGUCACCAGGAAUGCUGCAGCCUCAUCCAGCUGGAUUGUCACCAGGGACAGCCCUCACCUGAGAGCACCCUCCUGCCACCCUGCAGCCAGAAUGUAACACAAACUGUAGAAGAGGAAAAACCCGAGCCUCCCACCAUCCAGGAGAUCAAGCAGAAAAUUGAAAAAUACAAUGCAAAGGUUACAAACUGCCUGCUGAUGAAACUGAAUGAUGAUGGGACAUACACUGGGUUCAUCAAGGUCCACUUGAAGCUGCGUCGCCCCGUGACGGUCCCGGCAGGGAUCCGGCCCCAGUCCAUCUAUGAUGCCCUCAAAGAGGUGAACCUGGCUGAGAUGACAGCCAAAAGAACCUCCUUCUACCUGCCCCUGGAUGCCAUCAAGCAGCUCCACAUCAGCAGCACGACCACGGUGAGCGAGGUGAUCCAGGGGCUGCUGAAGAAGUUCCUGGUGGUGGAUAAUCCCCAGAAGUUUGCGCUGUUCAAGGAGAUGCGGAAGGAUGGGCAAGUUCUCCUCCAGAAGCUCCUUCUGAGCGAGUACCCCCUGUACCUCCGGCUCCUGGCGGGUCCCGACACGGAUGUGCUCAGCUUUGUGCUGAAGGAGAAUGAAACUGGGGAAGUUGAGUGGGAUGCAUUCUCCAUCCCAGAGCUACAGAACUUCUUGAUGAUUCUGGACAAAGAAGAAAAGGACAAAAUCCAGCAAGUGCAGAGGAAGUAUGAGAAGUUUAAACAGAAACUGCAACAGACCUUGAAAGAGGCCAGAGGCAAGCCUGGAUAGCUCUGCAGGAGGCACUGGGCAGCAGACUAAGCUAAAUAUCAUUUUUUAAAUGAAAAGACACUUCUCAGGACACCUUAUAGUGGUCACUCUCCCUCUUCAUCCUUCCAUUAAGGACUGGCUCCCAGCAGCCCUAAAAUCAACGUUGACUUCUUCUGGAACCUCUUACCCCAGGACCAGAGCCAAAGAAGAGGAAACCUGUUAGAAAACUGCUCCUCAGCACCCUAGACAAACACAGCUGCUGGGGCCCUUUUCAGCUCUGCCAUCUGAUGGAGAAGCUUGGAGGAAAAGCCUGAGUGUUAAACCCCAGAGGGGCAUCUCCUGGCUUACGUUUUGAGCAGGGUCACUCUUACUGCUCACACUCUUCCCAGGCACUUGCUUCUUUUCUGGAGUCUCCUGGAGAUCUCAUUUUGGAAAUGGGGCACAGGAGGCAGCAGAGGAGGAGGAGGAGGAGGAGGAUGCACCAAACCCUGGGGGUGCUGCAGCUCCAGCCCAUGUCUGGUCCAGGGCUCAGGUAGCCAGGGAAAUGUCAGGUUUGCCAAGGCAACACCCCAACAGGCUGUUAGUGAGGAUUACUGAAACUUGCUUAUAUUUGAAGUCAUCCAGUUUGAUUCCAGUUAAUUCCCAGUUUUGAAAACUGAUGGGAAUUAAAGCAAGGAGCCCUGAUGCUUGCCUGAGCUGGCCAGUGAUUUACCAGUUUUCUGCUCUGGAGGAUUCGGGAUCUGCUUCAACAAAUUCUGUUUGCAAAGUGAUAAGAUGAUGGCUGGGGCAUGGGCUGAUGGUUCAGUACUGAACAUUUCACAAUCCUUACCCAACAGACCAGCCCAGCAAAGCCCAAAUCCCUCUUUCCCAACUCAGAUUCCUUUGGAGCUACCAACAGCUCUGGCAACGAGGGAGAGGAGCUCCAGCCCAGGUCAGGGGAUGGAUGAGUGCCCAGAACAUGGGCUGCCUGGGGGGGAAAACCUCUGAGCACCAGGAGGAGCCAGGGCAGGGUUGGCUUUGGGUGCUUUCCCACCACCUCUCACCCACUCCUGGCCCUCAGAUCCCAUCCUCUCCCUCCCUGUCUCCCUCUCCCUGCUCCCCCCACUCACAUUUGGUGCUCUGCCUGCAAGGUCUCCAGGUUUUGCUCUCUACGUGGAGCCAGGAGGGGAGAAUCAGUCUCUCCCUCCCCUUCUCUCAGGGCUCCCACUGUCCCUGAUGGGUGCCCUGUGCAUCCUUCCAAGAAAAACAAAACAAAAAAAUCCUUGAGCUGGAGCAUCAGGUACUGCCAGGACCCGUGUUUACUCUCAGUGCUUUGUACCAAGCACUGCUCAGCCAGGGUCACCUCUCGCUCUGUUUACACAGGACAAAGAGAAGGAGGAAAUGGAAUAUUGACACUGGUCGGGUUGUGCUGGAGCCUGUGAAGGGGCUGUUCGUGUACUUGGGGAACCAGCAGGUCCUGCUGAGCUCCUGGCCCCACCUGCCCCAGGUGGGGGGAUGCAGGGGGUUACUGGGUGACAGCUACCACGAUGUGGAAGAGUCCAAAAUUUACCUCAGUGCCUUUUUUUUCUUUUUUUUUUUCUUUUUUUUUUUUUUUCUUCUUCCUGAAGUGUGAAGACUUUGAGUUUGGGCUAAGGAGGAAGUUGGAAGGGACUUCUGUAGAGACACCUUGUCAGCUCUGUCCCUGUUCCCUUCUGGCUGCUCCAUCUGUAGAGGGACAAGGAAUUUUGUCUCUUUGAGGGUGACUGCUUGGCAUUUAUUUUUUUCCCCCCUCCCUGGAUUUAUACUUGAGUAUGUUUGGUUCUAAACCCUUAAGAGAGUGACUGCAUCACUUAAACCCUCAGUCUGUAUAAAUGCCACUUUCUUCUGCAAGCUUCUUCCCAGCUCCUGUUGUGGUUGGUGGUGUCCAAGGGUUUGCUCACAGGGACUCCUGGCUCUACUCCACACCUCAGUGACCUUUCCAAGGUGGUGACAGCCCAAACUCAGCAGUGAUUUCCAUGCUCUGGGGCUGUUUGUUCAUUUACAAGAAUACUUCUUACUUCACUCUGCACUCGUGAAGUCAUUUAAAUAAUAUUUAUCUGGUGCUUUCAGUUGUGGAAGCCCUGGGUGAAUCCUUGUGCACUGUACAUCAGUUCUGAGAAGUGAGAUCCUUGUUUUUAAAUCUUUCUGGCUAAAAGUUGCAAGGAAUUCCUUUUUUUGUUGUUGUUUUCCUACUGGUUUUUGGUGACUGUCUCCCUCUCCCCUCCUGGAACCCAGCAUGUCUUUGACAUUUAGUAGAAGGCAUGGCUUCUUAUGCAAUUACUGUGAAUGCUGCUGAAAAAUCUCCUGCAAAGGGGAGGGCUGGUUAUUUUUUUUUUUUUUAAUUAUUAUUUUGAUUCAAGAUGCAGGGGCAUUCAAGGAAUUGGGAGAUCUUGAAACUCAAGGUCUCAACAGGUUGACCUGUGUGUAGAAGAGGAGUAGAGGCCCCUUCCUUAAGCUCAGAAUAUGUUGGCAGUGCCUUGGGUUGGUAAGUUGUCUGCCUAGUUCCUGUGAAUUUAUUUUUCAUGGCUAUUGUAAAAGAUGUAAAAUAAUGUGUAUAGAAUGGAAUAGUAAAGCUUCUAUGGCAAAGUGAAAUGCAUUUUUGCAAUGCUGUAAUUUAUUUUUACUACUCCCCAGUAAUUCUAUGGCAUUUUUAAAAAAUGUCCCACUUCCAGCUUUUUUGAGGGUUCUGAAACUGCUUGUUAAGAUGCAGAGAGUGUAAAAAAAAAGACAAUGAUAAUAAAACUGUCAGUAAUUAAAGGAA